AAAGUCCAGAUGCCUCUUGAAAAAGCCCCUUUGGGACAACCGUGGCCUGGAGGACGCAGAAUCUCCAUAGACACUUUAUCAAAGGGGAGCGAUGCGCUCUCUCAUUCACUCACUCAUAAACCUGCUCCCAUCCCACCCACCCCUUUUUGCCCUUUCUCUCCAGAGGCACCUGGACGAAGUGGGAGGAGGUUAAAAAGAUGGGACGGGGGUGCAACCAUGCAGGGAAGCCUGGUCGGCUUAUUAUUAACCUUUUCGUUACGGGGGGGGGGCGGGGGCAGCUUCCUGAAAGGCUGGGAAGGGAGAAACCCUGACCCUCACCCCUCCUCUCCUUGCCUGAACAUCAAAGCAACGUCCUCUCUCUUCGUGUUUCAGAGGCCGCCCACCCCUCGGAGCGCGGAUUGGCAGCCAGGAUGCGCGUAUAAACGUCCCACGCAGCCAAAGGUCCCUGGGAAAGGAUCCCUCCGUCAAACGCCCGGCAUGAAGGCGCGGGGUUUAGAGUGCUGGCGGACCAAUGGCGGGAGAGGAGCGCCCAUGGAGCCGAGAGAGGAUGCCCGCGUUGGGCCAGCCGCGAUGGAGAGUCCGAGAAGAAGCCCCCAGCCCCACCCACCCCUUGCUGCCGAAGUGCUGGUCAGCGCUCCUCUUGAGGGCCAGCGAUGUCCCAGAAGCCUCCGUCCCCUCGGGCAGGGAUCCUGCCCCUCCCUGCCGCCAGGGGUAUGGGGAGGCGGCAGCUGCAUGGGGGGGUGUAGCCAGCGCGAGCCCAAGCGGGGCUUUAUAAGGGCCCGUCCCGCCGGGAUUGGCAAGUCUCGAGUCCUGGAGGGCACCAUGGCGAUAGGCACAGCAGCGUUGGGACUCCUCGCUCUCCUGCUCGGCUGCUCCGGCACCUCUGCCGAAGCUCAAAACUCGGGGCGCUUCGCCAGGCCGAAGUGCGUCCUGUCUGGCAACUGGACGAAUGACCUGGCCUCCACCGUCCUGUUCGGCAGCGUCAGUAACACCGGGGUCUUCAGCGGCGUCUACCAAACGGCCGUCUCGUCCUCCGCCAACCCCAUCCGGCCAUCCCCGCUGCGGGGCAUCCAGCGCAAGGGGGACAAGCCCACCUUCGGCUUCACCGUCAACUGGAGCUUCUCCGAGUCCGUCACCGUCUUUGCCGGCCAGUGCUUCGUGGCUGAGGACGGGAAGGAGCUGCUGAAGACCGUCUGGUUGCUGCGCGAGACAGCGGCCUCCAAGAAAGACGACUGGGGAGCAACCAAGGUUGGCACCAACACUUUCUACCGCACCAAGUGAGAGGGUGAAGAGAGCCAGGUUCCCGUGGUUUCUGCCUGGGGAUGGGGGUGAGCCUUCCUGCCUCACCCAUCAGCCACUCUUCUCCAAUAAAAUGUUUUCCUGAGCAGCA